GAGGGCCUUGCACAGCUCACUGCAUGGAUAGACGCAACUGCAAAGCUGAGAGAAGGUGAAAAAAUCAAAUGCACAAGCAGUAACUUUUUCUGGAGUUCAGAGUGUUUAGAGCAAGCACACUGCCGAAGAACUAACCCCGAACACAGAGAUUUAUUGUUUGCUCGACAUUGCAGUUGGAGAUGAACCCCGAAUACGACUACCUGUUCAAGCUGCUGCUGAUUGGUGAUUCUGGAGUUGGCAAAUCAUGCCUACUUCUUCGUUUCGCUGAUGACACGUAUACGGAAAGCUACAUCAGUACGAUUGGUGUGGACUUUAAAAUUCGAACAAUAGAGCUGGACGGAAAGACGAUCAAAUUGCAAAUUUGGGACACUGCAGGUCAGGAGAGAUUCCGUACCAUCACAUCAAGUUACUACCGGGGUGCUCAUGGCAUUAUUGUCGUCUAUGACGUGACCGACCAGGAAUCCUUUACUAAUGUCAAGCAGUGGCUGCAGGAAAUUGACAGAUACGCAAGUGAAAAUGUCAACAAACUACUUGUCGGCAACAAGAGUGACUUGACGACGAAGAAAGUGGUUGAUUUCACGACAGCUAAGGAGUAUGCAGAUCAGCUCGGUACGCCUUUCCUGGAAACGAGUGCGAAAAACGCCACCAAUGUAGAGGAGGCCUUCGUCACCAUGGCUGCCGAGAUCAAGAACCGGAUGGGCCCAUCAUCAGUAUCGCCUAACAGCCAGAAUCAGAAGAUCAAGGUGGACAGUAAGCCAGUUCAGUCUGGGUCAUCAGGUGGCGGUUGUUGCUAACUCCAGUGUGUGCAUGUAAUCUCCGUUUCCGCUAGCCAUUAGCUGCUGCUGUGUGUGUAUACGUGUGUGUGUGUGUGCGUGUGUGUGCGUGCGUGUAGUAUCACUGCUGUUCUGCCCUGUUCCCAUCUGUAUGCGAUUCUGUUGUAUAUUCUCUUUUUCGUAGCACUAUGUCGCGGUCGACCACUCUCUUUUUAACCCUGUUGUGUUGUGUUAGUCGCAAAGUGCUCGUGUGUGUGGCUGUUUAAGUGUGUGUGUGUGGGUGUGUCUGUGUGGGUGUGUCUGUGCCCACCUUUGUGUGCUUGUCUGCUUGUGUUGUUGCUAUCUUGCCUGACUCUUUAUGAUGCUCACUGUUAUUCCUCCCUGGUUGCAUUUCUCGUCAUCCCUGUAGCAUAUUCCAUGGUACUCUUUAUAUGUGUCAUGUUGCGCUGGCAAUUCAUAACAGUGUUCACACACGCUUCGAGCACUGUGUAAUAAGAUGAAUAUUCCCCCCUCUCCUGUUCGCGCAGCACUAAUUCACCUAUUACAGGAGAGCUCUGCUGAACUUCAUGCACCGGCUGUUUUUUGUACACACCGUCAAGAUGCAUGCGUCUAUUUUUCUUUUUUCUUUUUUGAUGACCGCCUGUUGGCCGCUGUUGCCUGCCUGAAUGGUUGACGGCUGUAUUCCUUAUGACAUGGUGUAUUGCAUUCAUGAUUGUACAUGUAAUUCCCAUCUAUCUGUGUAGCAUCUCUCCUGUAUCCGACGAGAGAUGCGUCUAAAUUACAUAACGCUACUAUGUCAACAGCAACAAUGCACAACUACAUGUAGGGAUUGUGCACUGUGUAUUUUCCUUUGGUUUGUUUUGAGAUGCCUAACUGACUCUAAUAAACUACUCUGACCCAUUGUCAUGGCAGUGCCCGGUAGCUACCGAAAAGAAUAUUUGACAGCUC